UCUUCGGUCUGAGAGAGACUGAGAGAAAGAUCCGAAUCUACCGGUCUCUGUGGGUGCCGGUGACCCUGUGUGUGUCCGCGCGCACGGUAUAAGAUUGUCAUCGUUUUGCCACCGUCCAUUCUUACUCACUCUCUGAACCUUUUCCUUUCACGUUCCUCAUCUCAUCAUUGUUGGCAUCAUUCGUUUCUCAUUCGGCGUUACUCUCUCUCUCUCUCCCCCCCCCUCUCUUCUCCCUUUGAGCGUAGGAUCUGAACGGACCUAUCCACGUCACGGUACUAGAGGGAAGCAGUCAAGAAGUUUAGGUGGGAACGAGGAAGGGAGGCACAGCGAAGAUGGUGGUCUUCGGCAUCAGCAGGAAAGAAACCACGCCCUUUGAUGGGCAGAAGCCUGGCACCUCUGGUCUGAGGAAAAAGGUAACUGUGUUUCAGCAGCCAAAUUACUUGCACAAUUUUGUCCAAGCGACUUUCAAUGCUCUUCCAGAUGAUAAAGUUAAAGGUGCAUCAAUUGUUGUAUCGGGUGAUGGCCGUUACUUCUCAAAAGAUGCCAUUCAGAUAAUAAUUAAAAUGGCUGCUGCAAAUGGUGUCAGACGUGUUUGGGUUGGGCAGAAUGGUCUUCUCUCCACUCCUGCAGUUUCAGCUGUAAUACGUGAACGUGUUGGCGCAGAUGGGUCAAAAGCUUCAGGUGCUUUUAUAUUGACAGCAAGUCAUAAUCCAGGUGGCCCACAUGAGGAUUUUGGGAUUAAGUACAAUAUGGAGAAUGGAGGACCUGCUCCAGAAGCAGUCACAGAUAAGAUCUUUGCUAACACAAAGUCAAUAAAGGAAUAUUUUAUUGCUGAAGAUCUUCCAGAUGUUGACAUUUCUGUAAUUGGCUUGACAAGCUUUACUGGGCCUGAAGGACCUUUCGAUGUGGAUGUUUUUGAUUCUACAUCUGAUUAUGUGAAAUUAAUGAAGGAAAUAUUUGAUUUUGAUAGCAUCCGGAAGCUUCUUGCAUCUCCAAAAUUUACAUUUUGUUAUGAUGCUCUUCAUGGAGUGGCUGGAAUUUAUGCCAAACGUAUUUUUGUGGAAGAGCUCUCUGCUGAUGAAAGUUCACUGAUGAAUUGCGUACCAAAGGAAGACUUUGGAGGAGGCCAUCCAGAUCCUAACCUCACAUAUGCCAAGGAAUUGGUUGUGCGCAUGGGACUGGGUGGAGGUGGUCAUGUUGAUGAACCACCAGAAUUUGGUGCUGCUGCUGAUGGUGAUGCUGAUCGGAACAUGGUCCUUGGUAAAAGAUUUUUUGUGACUCCUUCCGAUUCUGUUGCCAUUAUUGCUGCAAAUGCUGUUCAAGCUAUUCCAUACUUCAGUUCUGGAUUGAAAGGAGUUGCAAGGAGUAUGCCUACAUCAGCUGCAUUAGAUGUUGUUGCCAGACAUUUAAAUCUGAAAUUUUUUGAGGUGCCUACUGGUUGGAAAUUUUUUGGGAACUUGAUGGAUGCUGGUAUGUGUUCAAUAUGUGGUGAAGAAAGCUUUGGCACCGGUUCUGACCAUAUUCGUGAGAAAGAUGGGAUUUGGGCCGUCUUGGCAUGGCUAUCAAUUCUUGCUUUCAAGAAUAAGGAUAAGCUGCAUGGAGAAAAGCUGGUUUCUGUGGAAGAUAUUGUCCGUGAUCACUGGUCUAUAUAUGGUCGUCACUACUACACAAGAUAUGAUUAUGAAAAUGUUGAUGCAGGAGAUGCAAAAGAGCUCAUGGCACAUUUGGUCAAACUUCAGGCUUCUCUUCCUGAUGUUAAUGGGAUGAUAAAGGGUAUAAGAUCAGAUGUAUCAAAUGUUGUUCAAGCAGAUGAGUUUGAGUACAAGGAUCCCGUUGAUAGCUCUGUUUCAAAGCACCAGGGCAUACGAUAUCUCUUUGAAGAUGGGUCGCGAUUGGUGUUCCGUCUCUCUGGAACUGGCUCAGUUGGUGCAACCAUCCGUCUGUACAUAGAGCAAUAUGAAAAAGAUCCUUCAAAGACCGGACGGGAUUCUCAAGAUGCACUCGCUCCUCUGGUGGAAGUCGCGUUGAAGCUUUCGAAGAUGCAAGAGUUCACCGGUCGCUCUGCUCCUACAGUUAUAACUUGAGCAACAUAUAGCCACUUGUGCAGGCAGGGUUUUUGAAAAAAUGACUGAUGAGUCUAUGAGUCAGUUUUGCUUGAGAAUAAUGUCAAGAACCAUGAAGCUCCCAAUCAUGUGGAGUGUUUACACAGUUUUGCUGCUGGGCAAGCAACUCCACAGCUAUGCUAUGUUAAAUAUAUAAAAUGAAGUUUGUUACUAUGUUA